AGUGAACCUCUUGAAUCAAAUGAUUUCGAACAAAAAUAAAGUGAUUUUGAAUUUGAAUCAAAAGAUUCUGAACUUGAGUCUAGUGAAUCUGAGUAAUGUUAAAACCAUCAAAACGUGUUUACUUUCAAGUGAUCAGCCAUAGAACAUAGUAUUACUCUUACAGUGUUAUACCCGUUACCAUCAUUAAAUGUCCCAUUGAAUAUCUUUAUUAGUUCUAAGUUCUUUAAUGAUAAUAAUAAGGUGUGUGCAAGAAAUUUUCAAUAUUUUACCUGAAUAUAGAAAUAAGAUAAACCAUGGCGUAGGCCAACCUUCAUACUUUCGUUUUUUACUGUAUCAUUUAUAUAGUAAUAGUAUGUCUUAAUUACUUUGUAAAAUAGUUUUAACUUUGUACUGUGGUGCACAUGUAACUGAAAUUACAAAAUGUGUAAAUAUAUUUGUAAUUAGCUUAUAUUCUCAUUUUUAUUUCAGACAGAAGAAUGACAUAAUUCUUCCUUAAUUUCCUGCCAUUUUCGUCAGAAGGUCCCUGACUUGAUUUAAGAUGAUCGAAUUGGACGAGUUUCCCCAUGAAAUCCUCCGAACCCCCCAGCCUCUUAUCGGGUUCUAUGGACUAGAUCUGAAUCAAGCCUCAAAUAGGAAGGUCUGGGACGUGUUUACCAGCAACAGAGGGUUGGAUAGACAUUCUCUCCACUUCGUAAAUAUCUCAGGAACUAGCGGUUCAGAUUUUCCACCAAUUAAACCAAAGAAAGCGAACUAUGAAUGGUAUGUUCCAAAAGGAUUGUUAAAAAAAAACUGGAUUAACAAACACCAAAAUGUUAUCUCUUCCGUUGUUGUCCUGUUCUUUGAACUGAAUUGGCAGGACCCGGAGAUAAAAGAGAAGUCCCGGAUAUGCGGGGAGAAGGUUGAGCAAAUGAGAACUGCGCUUCAGGGACGCGGAACCAAGAUCUCCGUUGUUCUCAUGCAGGAGGAGAGUAGUCGCGGAGAGAAUGAUUCCGUGACGAGUUUCUGUGCCCACUGUGAGAUAUCUCCGAGAUCUUUGUUUGUAAUGGGAGUCAAGGAUCAACUACUCCCUUCUGUAAUUCGACUUGAAGCUGUACUACAUGAGCUCAGUCAGAACUACUACCACCUGGAGAUCAAGAAUGUCCGUGGACACAAGGACGGGUUGAACAAAGCCAGUCAUAUGGUUCUACUGAUAAGGCACAUGUUCAAGUUGGGAUACUUAAACGAGAUGAAGAAUGAUCUACACUCUGCACAGAAAGCGUAUCAAACUGCGUACGCACUGAUAUUAGAAUCUAAACUAAAUGAUUUUAACGUUGUUGAGUAUAAAACUGUUGCUGGUUACAUAAACUAUAAGAUAUGCAGACUUGGUUUCAAGCUAAAUCUUCCUCGGGAUGCUAUUGCUCAAUUUCGGAAGCAUCUUGACAACUUUAAAUCAAAAACCGGUGUUCCUGAGUUGGGUUGGGAACACUCAGCCUGGCAAUCUGCUCAGGCAGCAAUGUUUGCAAACCUGUUCCUUGACGCGCACAGGAACGGUCAACUCGCUAUUCAAACCCAGCACCCAGGAAUAUAUUUCCAGCUAGCGGCAGACUAUGCUGUCUCUAGACGUAAACUAGCCGAGGAGCAAUGUAACCAGUUUACAUCCUAUCCUGAACCUGAUCCUCUCCUGGAUUAUACUGAGUUCUACGGGCAGCGCCCCUGGAGACCUGGUAAGAUUGAACCUGUGGAUAUGCAACGUGAGAAGGAAGGUAUUGAAGCGCUUCAGUAUAUAGAGAGAACUAAAACCAAACACAGUCAACUUAUUUUAAAACUCCAGGAGGCCGCUGUUCAGCAGUUUCUAGCAUUUAACUCACCCAGGAUGAAAAACCAGGUUCAGGUUCAGAUGGCGGAGGAGUUGAUGAUCGAUCAGAAGUAUGAAGAUGCACUUAAGGUUCUCCUAGAGUGCGCGGAAGGAUAUAGGAACGAAGGUUGGUUGUAUCUCUGCACUGCUACACUUCUCAAGGCAAUCAAGUGUGCGUUCUUAACGAUAAACCUGGAGACUUAUAUUCAACUUUGUUUAGACCUUACUAGCGUUGAGUCGGAAUGUUCUCUUACUGAUAAACUAAGGAUAGAGCAGAACCUGUUCCUAGUAAUGGAUCUUAAACCUCCUCUACCAGAACCAAGUCUGACCGGGAAAAGUGAACGAGCUUCCGUUGGUCAGGCGGCCAAGUUGUGGAAGGAUAAACUAGAAUCUAUAGGAGAGAUUUGUGUUACUAUCCCAAUGGUCAACUCAUCAAUAAAUAUAAUUCCGAAUUUACCGCAAAGCUCUAAAAUAGGAGAUAGUAUUAAUCUUACUCUGGAUGUAAGAAACAGUACCAACAACCAUGUUGUUGUUUGUUCUCUGAGCUGUAAGUUUAAUCUCACUGGGUUCGAUGAACAAUGUACUAUCUCGGAGCCUAAAUCUGUUGAUGCCAACUCCCAGAUCCAAGUUUCUCUAAAGCUCGAUACAAAAUCUAAACAUUAUGGAGAACUUCUGUGUGUUAAAAGUAUCAGGUUUAAACUGGAGAACUUUGAUAAAAUAUUGUUCACGAAAGAGCUCGAAGGCACUAAACUCUAUAAUAUCGGAUGUAAGCUGGGUCCCAGGGACUCAAAUAUCGAAGUUGAGUGCGUUGGAGAACCUGUUGUUCUGAUUGGAGAAUGGUUCAACUUCAAGCUCAAGUUGGAAAACAAGGAAGAAUCAACUGCUAAAGAUAUUGAGGUUUUUUGCUGGUUGCGAGACGGAGGUGAUCCUCUGAUAUCCGAUACAACCUACUUGAGUACUUUUCCUGGAUUCCCAGCAUCUCCAACUACCCCAGGUGGAUCUCAACCACUGGAGACGAUGAAAUCCUCUGUAAAACUAUCGUCUUUGCCUUCCAACGAAACCGAUCAUAUUAGUUUCUUUAUCCGACCGUCUACUCUGGGUAUGAGAGCUAUAUCCUGUGAGCUCCGGUACACAAUCGAGCUGGAUGGAGAACCCUGUGUGUGUUCCUGUUGUAAAGUUUUCCAGCUCGAGGUUUCUCCUCCGUUUUCAUUUAAUUUCUCUCUGUUGAACCAGCUACUGGAGGAAACCAAACAAGUUGUGGCCGACGAAUCCUUUUUAAUUGUUUGCGAGGUUUCCUGUAUUUCUCCGCAUACGCUGGUAGUUACUGGAUCUAGGAUGGAUUGCAGAGCACCUCUCAAGAUUGAGAAUCCGACUCAUUCUCUUGAAGGAAGUGAGCUCUGUGAUAAUUUUAAACUAGAGCAAGGAUUUCCAGCCUUAGUUCCUGAUAAAGAUCUUUUCUUGCAACUAGAGUCCGAAACUAUCAAUUUGGGAAGAUUUUAUCUUUUUUGGAGAAGAAAAUUUUCUGAUAUCGUGAACGAAACAGUUUUUGAUCUGCAAAGUGUUAAGGUUUCCCGGAGCUUUUUAGCUCUCAAAUUCACUCUUCCUUCGUUCGGAAUCCUAAGAACUCCAGCGGAGGUGCUAUACAUGCUGGAGAACAAGACCGGAGAAGUUCAGGAGUAUUCCUUGACUAUGGAUCCGUCCGACUCCUUCAUGUUCUCUGGUCCUAAGCAGCUCCGAGUCAAGAUAUUUCCCAAGGAUAUUUGCAAAGUCCGGUGUCUACUUUAUCCUCUCAUCACGGGGAAUUUGUUCCUACCCAAGCUUCGGAUAGUUCCGCUAGGUAGUGGAGGAGUUAUUUCCCUGGAUAGAUGCGGGAUUGUUGAUGAGAUAAUCUCCCGAACCCUCCCUCUUCAACUCCUAGUUCUUCCCCUUGAUAAACCUAGUGAAAAUCAAUCCAAUAAUGUAAGAAAUUUUGAACUAAAGGAACCCACUGUGAUCCCUAACCUGCCUUUCGUUGUUCAUGGAAAGAAAACUGCGAAGGCUUGAAAUAUCAUCCAUGACUAGUCGUUUGUAAUUCCAUUCAUUAUUAAUUAUUAAUAUAUUAUAUAAAUAUCUGCAUUUA